AGGUCUGAGGCUCAAAUCAUCGUACCCCGCUGAAAGAAGGCGCCAAUGGCGGUCACGUGCACGGAGACCAUUGCGCCUGCCCAAGCGAUCUCCUUUGGCGAAGCGACCGGCGAGGGGGUGCAGAGGGAGGCGAAUUCGGAGGAUUCAGCGCCAGCGGCGCAAGAACGGAUGCCACCCUCCAUGUCAUUGGCUUUGGUGUAUGUUCCGAUUGUGCUGCUGGUGUUGAACACCGAGAUCGUCGUUCCAACAGCCGACGACUAUGCCAAGCGCUUGGGAGCUUCUGAGAGCUUUAGUGGCUUGGUGAUUGCUUUGACACCUUUCUGGCAAGGCAUUUUGGGAGUACCUCUCAAUUAUGCGAUGUUGCGAUGUGGCAUUUCCAUCAAAAGCAUGAUCAUCAUCAUGGCUGCUGGCUCAGUAGCAGGCAACGUGCUUUAUGCAUUGGCCGGGCUGAUGCAGUUCAAAUGCACCAUUCUCAUAUCGCGAGCAAUGAUUGGCAUUUGUCAAUGUCAACUUGCAGGGCCCAUCUACAUCGCCAGGUCUGUCGGUGUAAAGAGACGGACCAAGGUGAUGUUUGUGUUUUCGAGUCUCACGGGUGUGGCUUUGUGCGGUGCUCCCUUGAUCGCUUCCCUACUGGAGAUUUUUGUGAAGGAGUUGCGUAUCGGCGAUUUGCUCUUAAACUCCGACACCAUGCCCGGCUGGUUCAUGGCUGUGGUCUAUUUCAUCUACAUGCUCUUGAUUGUGUUUUGUUUUGAAGACUCCAGUAGAGACGAGACAAGCUUGUCUCCCAAUUUGCUUGAGGAGGGCGAGAGUUGUUGGAAGCCAGGGCUUUGGGUGUGUUUGUUUGCAUCCUUCUUGAGCACAACCACUAAGACCAUGUGUGUGGUUUUCUUUGUGAAACUAUCUGAGCAGACCUGGGGUCUCAGCAUUAGUAGCACGGGCUUCGCCCUUGCCGGGGCUAUGGCACUGGUGACAGCAGGUAGCUUUGCCAACAGUGCAGUCACAACUUAUGUCGAAGAUCGUCGGGGUCUUUUGAUUGGGUGCUUAUGUGCUGCAAUCAGUGCAGUGCUGACCUUUCACUUUGGAGACAGCUGGAACACGACCUCCACCAUCAUCUUUAUGUUGGGGUUCUUGCUGAUGCAGUCCUUCUUCUGUGUUGUGAAGAAUUAUGGUUAUGCUUUGGUGCCGAAGAUUGUGCCACCACAGUGGAAGGACCGCACGACGACAGCCAAUUCCGUGGCGUUGCAACUCGGCCGCGGCUUGGGAGCUCAGUUGGGCGCAGUAAUGAGCAUCACAGGCUUUGCAGCUUCCCAGGUGCUUUCUUACUUCCUUUUGGCAGGUUUGGUGGCGGUCUUUAGCAAAGAGUUGAGGCAACACGAGAAGGCCAUGUAGUAGCAGGUGUGCUUUGUGAGUUUAAUUCGUUUUUUUCGGGCUCCGCUUCGCAAGGGCGCGCGGCAGCCGGUCAUGUGUCACGAGCAGAUCUGGCCACAGGAAGUGGGGUGUGCAAUGCAAAUUGGUCCGUUUCUGCAGUUUAGCCACAGCUGCUUGGUGGUUUGUACAGCUUUUGGUUGCCAACGAGCGCAGCAGUUUCGAUACGAUGUGCGUUCUUGGUGCGUUGUCUCCAAAUCUCCAGAUCUAUUUGGCACUCUAAGAGAUCCGCAGGGAGAUCCACGACCAC